UAAAGAACAUCAUUCCUCCUCUCAAAAGGAGCUAAAUUCCAUGGCCUCUUUCCACCAUAGAUGGAGCUUGACAUUCUUCUUCAUUGUUGCAACACUAGCACUCAUCGCUCAAGCACACGCCGCGGGCUAUUCCACCCCUAGCGUCACCUUUAAAGCGACCCCUUGGCAACUCGCUCAUGCCACGUUUUAUGGCGAUGAGACUGCAAGUGAGACAAUGGGUGGAGCUUGUGGAUAUGGAAAUUUAUUCAAUUCAGGUUAUGGAACAGAUACAGCAGCAUUGAGUUCAGUGUUAUAUAGCAAUGGAUAUUCAUGUGGACAAUGUUACCAAAUAAAAUGUACACAAUCAAAAGAUUGCUACCCAACCAUUGUCACAGUCACUGCAACCAAUCUCUGCCCACCAAAUUGGUCACAAGACUCAGAUCAUGGUGGUUGGUGCAACCCACCUCGUACACAUUUUGACAUGGCUAAACCUGCUUUCAUGAAAAUUGCUCAAUGGAAAGCUGGCAUUGUUCCUGUUUCGUAUCGCAGGGUACCUUGUAUUAGAAAAGGUGGAAUCAAGUUUAGUUUCCAAGGAAAUGGCUAUUGGUUAUUGGUAUAUGUGAUGAAUGUUGGUGGAGGUGGAGAUGUGGCUAGUAUGUGGGUAAAAGGAACUAAAACAAAUUGGUUAAGUAUGAGCCAUAAUUGGGGAGCUUCAUAUCAAGCAUUCGCAACUCUAAGUGGUCAAGCACUUUCAUUUAAACUCACUUCCUACACAUCACAUGAAACAAUUAUAGCUAUUAAUGUUGCACCUUCUAAUUGGCAAGUAGGAAUGACUUAUCAAGCCAAUGUCAAUUUUCAUUGAUUAAGUCAUGCAACAUUUAUUCUUAUUUUUUUAAUCAUUUCUCGAGUUUUAUUUUGCGAUUGUUCUUGUAUGGACUGAUGUUUCACUAGUGAAAAGCUUACGAUACAAUUUUA